AUGAAGUUUAAUGAAGGCCGGCGAGGAGUGGAACUGCACAUUCAUCUGGACGGUGCUUUUAGACCAUCAACUGUUUUUAAAUUUGCUAAGCUGCGGGGUUUUCCUGUGCCAGGCGCGAAUGAGAAUGAAUUUGAGAAUCAUUUGAUAGUCAAGCAACCGAAUUCGUUGGCCUCUUUUUUGAAAACAUUUGACUACCUUUUGCCACCAAUCGCAGGGAGUGCUGAGGCCAUCGCACAGACGACACUUGAUUUUCUCGAAGACUGUGUCAACAAAGCUGGUCUUUGCUAUGUUGAGCCUCGAUUUUCACCCCAGUUAUUGCAAGGAACCACACUGAGCGCUGACGAAGUCACCAAAACAGUUCUCGACGCUCUUGAACGAAGCAGUCAAAAGUUUGACAUCCAGUACCGCGCCAUCCUUUGCACAAUGCGCCAGAAUCCAGAGUGGUCCGAUGAGGUCCUCAGUCUUGCAAAGGCAUAUCAACCACAUGGCAUUGUCGCUGUAGACGUCGCUGGUGAGUUACUGUUAGAUACUGUAUUUGGGUAG